AUGGACGUACGCAAUCAACACGCUGUGGCUCAGAGUCAUUCCCCUAAUUUCCUCGCACCAGGUUUCCUCGCCAACUCCUUUUCCGGAGUGGGAGUUGGUGCCAUUCUCUCAUGCACAGCUAACUGCCUUAAUUGUCCUUCUACUCCUACCAGCGACAUCGUCCACCAGAGCGUGUACGAGCUGGUCCACUCUGAGGACAGAGAGGAGCUCCAGCGGCAGCUCAUGUGGAACUCUCACCUCCUGCCCGACCAAGCCCAGCUCACCCUGCAGGAGGCGCUACAGGCGGACCAGACGCCCCUCGAGAGGAACUUCACCGUUAGAUUCAGAUGCCUUUUAGAUAAUACUUCAGGGUUUUUAAGGCUGGACGUCCGAGGGCGAAUCAAGGUGCUCCACGGCCAGAACCGCAAGACCGAGGACCCGCCCCUGGCUCUCUUCGCCGUCUGCACGCCCUUCGGCCCGCCCUCGCUCCUCGAACUCCCGCAGAAGGAAGUGAUGUACAAGUCGAAACACAAACUAGAUCUUGCCCUCGUCUCCAUGGACCAGAAGGGGAAGAUGCUCCUCGGUUACAGUGACCUCGAACUAGCCAAUAAGGGCGGUUAUGACCUCGUUCACUACGAUGACCUCGCCUAUGUUGCCUCAGCGCAUCAGGAACUUCUGAAGACGGGCGCCUCCGGCAUGAUCGCCUACCGCCUGCAGACCCGCGACGGCGCCUGGCAGUGGCUCCAGACGUCCUCGCGCCUCGUUUACAAAAAUUCCAAACCCGAUUUUAUCAUUUGCACGCACAGACCCCUCAUGGAGGAGGAGGGGCGCGACCUGCUGGGCAAGCGGACGAUGGACUUCAAGGUGUCGUACCUGGACCCCGGCCUCACGCAGUCCUACCUCUGCGACUCCGAGCUGCCGCAGCUCUACGCCUCCCGCAUGAGCCGCAAGUACAAGACGCAGCUGCGGGACUUCCUGACCACGUGCCGCUCCAAGAGGAGCUACACCAACCUCACCGACACGGCCUACAACAACUACAACAACGUGUACGGCGCCUCGGCCUACUCGGCGGACAACGGCCUGUACAUGCAGCAGAACCUGGGCAACCUGCAGUCGCUGUACCCCGCCAGCUACCUGCCCGCCGACAACCUGUUCCACUACCGCCAGCUGGGCACGUACUACCCCGAGUACAUGACGCACGGCUACGUCAGCAACGGCUACGUGGACCCGACGCGCUCGUGCCUCAGCUACGACACGACGGGGCUGGCCAAGACGGCGGCCGACCAGAAGCUGUACUGCGCCUCGCAGCUCGACGCCUCCAAGUACCAGUACAAGCCGGCCGACGCCUACUCGGCGGUCUACGGCAGCAACACGGUCCUGCCGUCGCUCGAGCACAAGUACAGCGACAUCCGCACGACGGACGCGCGGCGGGACGACCCCUCGGCGCUGGCGUCGCUGGGGGCGCUAGCGGGCACGCCGGGCACCACGACGCCCGUGGCCGUCAGCUCCGUGUCCACCACGGCCACGGCAGCCAACAAGGACGAGCCCAAGGACGGCGACGCGUACCCCAACAGCACGCGCCAGACCGUGCUCAUGUGGGGCUCGGCCGCCCACGAGUACGAGAAGAAGUUCCCGGAGGCGCCGGCCACGUCGGCGGCGUCGCUGGAGCAGAGCCCGGGCCUCGGCAGCGUCGCCUGCAAGUGGGGCGCCUCCACGCCCGCGUCCACGCCCGGCGCGGGAAGCAGCGCCGGCGGCUCGCCCCACGGCGGCGGCGAGGGCGCGUCACCGCACGGUCGGCCGCCUCCCGCCGCCCACUCCGUCGCUACCUCUGCCGCCCACGUCGGCGCCGGCCUGUGGCGCCCGCGGGUAAGGCUGCGUACGGCUACAGUGAGGGCGGCGAGGUAUGGCACCAUCAGUACUAUCCUUACCACCCGUAUCACACCUCGCAGUGAGUGA